AUGCUAAACGAAUUGGGCGUGUUUAAUAUUCAAAUAUGCUUACUAUUAUUAACUUUUUGUAUCAGCAAUAAUUUUGCACUAGUUCUAGGUAACUACUUGGAGGAUAAUUACCCCAAAACGGUUAUAGAAGAUGCACAUUUGGAUACGGCUCAACUUAUCGAAAAAUAUAAGUAUCCCUUGGAAACUCAUUAUGUUACUACAGGUGACAAGUAUAUACUUUGUAUGCAUCGUAUACCAAAGCUUAAAGCACCUCCCGUAUUCUUUAUGCACGGUCUAUUAGAUAGUUCAGCUAGCUGGGUAAUAAUGGGUCCUAAAAAGGCAGCAGCUUAUUACUUCUCUGACAAUGGCUACGAUGUCUGGUUGGGUAAUGCUCGUGGCAAUCGUUAUUCUCGCAAUCAUACUACCCUCAAUCCCAAUUCUGAUGAAAAAUUUUGGACUUUUAGUUGGCACGAAAUUGGCUACUAUGAUUUGCCCAUAAUGAUAGAUCAUAUAUUGGAUGAGACCGGUUUCCAGAAAUUAAGUUAUUUUGGUCAUUCACAGGGUACUACAGCCUUUUGGGUUUUAUGUUCUCUACAUGCACAAUAUAAUCGCAAAAUAACCAUAAUGCAGGCUUUAGCACCGGUGGCAUAUCUGAAGCAUAUCAGAACUCCUUUUGUAAGUCAAUUUCAUGAAUUUUCUAAAGCAUCUAAAGAUCGUGUAAGGGAAUUUUUACCACACAACGAUAUGAUGUUGCAUAUGUGUUUUACUUCAAAAUUAGCAGAAAAUAUGUGUGUUCAAUUUUUAAAUCAAAUGCUGGGAAAUGAUAAUGGACAAACCAAUUUGGCCAGGUAUCCUGUCAUUAUUGGUCAUGUUCCGGCCGGCUGUAAUCUUAAGCAAUUCGUUCACUAUCUUCAAUUGAUUAAGAGUAAUCGAUUCUGUCAAUAUGAUUAUGGUAGAGAGGAAAAUAUGCAACGUUUUAAUCAAAACUCACCGCCAGAUUAUCCUCUUGCAAAGAUAACAGUACCUGUGGCUUUACAUUAUGCUUACAAUGAUUAUUUAAACAGUCAUAUAAAUGUUAAGCGUUUAGCAGAAACUUUACCAAAUGUUGUUCUCAACAAUUUGUUUCCUUAUAAGGACUGGAAUCAUGUGACCGUAAUUUGGGGUAAACAAGCCAGAAAAUUGAUACAGGAACCUAUGUUGAAAUUGUUGAAGAAAUUUUCAUAUGAAUAAAAAUUCACUAAAGUUUAAAAAGUCUACAAACUUAACACUAUAUAGUAUAUAAACUCCAAUGAUUUUGAUUAUGAACUGAACUAAAACUGUACUAGAACUAAAA